AUGUACGCUUCCAAAGGAACUGCAAACAUAAUAAAUACGGUGGCCCGUCAGGGUCUACUGUCAAAGCAAUUGACAGCUGCUUCAAGACCAACCACUUUGCUCCCAUCGCCUAAUAGAUCCGCUGGUAAACUUUAUGCCACUGGGAGAGCAAGUUUGUCGGCAAACCGCCAACAACAACAACAACAACAAGACAGCACCACAACACAGCAAGGAACCAAUCUGAACCCAAUUCAAGCUUGGACAGGCAAUAACUCUGCUGCCAUUUUUCAAAAGUACGCUGGUGUCAGGUACAACCACAGCGCAGCUGCUAACUCUGCUCAGCAAGAUGGAGCUGAAUCGUCUGGAUCCAGUCACCCAGACGCUACUAAGCAAGGCAAUGCUCGCAUUCUGCAAGCUAAGCGCAGCCGCGAUCUUCGUAAGGUGGAAUCAGAGUUCUCGCGUAUGAAGGAAUCAGGCGUUCAACUGAGUGCUCAGACUUAUACACUUGUGCUCGAUUCAUACGCUACCCUCCGUAAGCCUGGUCACCCACCUCAACGUCUUCUCGCUGUAUAUCAAGAAAUGAUUGAAGGAGGAUUCAAGCCUAGCGCCUACACCUAUAUGAUUCUAAUACACGCUCUUUGCAAACGUGAUAUUGAAGUUCAAAAGACAUUAUUGAUGCUCAAUAAGCAGACUGACCGCAGUGGACAGACUCCCAGUAAUUUGGAAUCCCUUCAGUCUGAAAACAACAUCCAGAAAGCUUUGGCUAUUUUUGAGGCUUCGGUCACUGACAAUCUCUACCAAGAUUUUGAUACCGAAGUGUUCAACAGCUUGCUGCGAUCUCUUUCUCAGUAUGGCAACACUCAGGAUGGUAUUUAUGUGUUUGAGCAUUUAGAGAAGGCACGUUCUGCUGAACCUAAUGGAAGAACUUUUGCUGCUCUCAUCACUUUGUACGGUAAGGCUGGAGAUAUUCAAGGUGCUUUGGAAUGCUUCAACGAAUACAAGACGGUCAGAGGAUCAAUGGAGAAGCACAAUCCCGCCUUUGUGUACAGUGCUUUGGUUGAUGCCUACAUCAAGUGCGGCGACCCUGCUUCAGCUAGAAAAAUUAUCGAAGAGGACAGUGUUAACGACAAAGUGGAGACUUCGGUCAAAACCUGGAACACAUUGAUGCGUGAAUACUGUGAUCAAAAGAACUUGGAUAGCGCUUAUGAUGUUCUUGCCAAACUUCAGAAUGACCCUGCCCUCCCCAACCCAGUUGCAUCUACCUACGGACCUCUUUUGACUGCUUUAUCUGAACUCAAAAUGACUGACAAGGCUCAUGAAAUCUAUAAACAAAUGUCGGAAACUGACAUUUCCAAGUCGUACAACAAUCUCGCAAGCUACGCUCAUCUCUUGCUCGAAAACAAGGACUUGGAUCGUCUUCAGGAUGUGAUGUUCGACAUGUCGAAGAAAGGGCUUGACCCCGAGGAGAGUCUCACCCAAAACUUCAUCAUGCAAUUAGGGAGCAAGGAUAUCAAUCGCGCUAUCGAGGCUUUGAGACAACUGUAUGGCGAUGUUUCGUCUCGAUCCUUUGUCAAGGUUACAGAUGGCAUUAAUCAAACUGCCAUGUAUCUUGCUGCAAAGCCAAGCAAUUCUCUCUCCAACAUUCUGGACAUCUUGAAGAUUGUACAUCCCUUUGGCGUUCGCGCUUCCGUCCCUGUCAGUGAAAUGAUUUGCAGCGUGUUCACUCAAACCCGCCAGGACCCUGCUGCUUGGUCCAAGCUGAAGGAGUCAUUUGGUGUUACUGAGCACUUUUUGACCAUUGAAGCUCUGUUCAACUCUCAUAACUUAUCUCGUGAGGACUUCAGAGAACUCGCUUUGGAUAUGGCCAAGGCUAUGGUGGAAGUCAACAUUCAACCUAACAGUGGUUUGUAUGCUCGUGUAGGAGCUCGUCUUGCUAAGAACCAAGAUGAGGAAGGUGAAAAGCAAUGGCAAGCAUUUUUCGAGCCUUAUCUCAAGGAUGAAACCCCUCAAGUCGAUGCAUUCAAGACCGAUGACCACAUGAUGCAUCGUACCACCAAGGGCGAUCUUCUUACUGGUGUAGCCAUGAAAGCUGCUGUUCAAGGCAAGAAGGAUGAAUGCUUGGAUAUUUUGAAGAAGCAAAUUGUCGAUCAGAACAUGGUCCCAACCAUUGAAGCUAUUCGCGAAAUGAUCCACAUCUUUGGUAGAGACCACGGCGUUGCAUCAGCACGCAACCUGUAUGAAGUUGUCGGUGGCUCUUUUGAUAAGUUACCUGACACCAUUAUCCGCAAGAAGGCACAUGCUACUGCUCUUGCAAGUCUACUCAACGUGCAUCUUCAAGCUAAGGACUUUGAUGCCGGUCAAUCCUAUUAUAAGCAGCUCCGUCAAAUCGACCAUUAUCCCGAUGGCAAUGGCUAUGCUCUGUUGAUUAAUGCUAUACCGGACGGAGACAAUGCUGCUCAAGAGACAAUGCGCCUUUACAAUGAACUCUUGUUCAGCAACGUCAAGCCCACUGUGUUCUUGUACAAUGUCCUCAUCUCCAAGCUUGGCAAGGCUCGCAGUCUUAAGCAAGUGAUUCAAGCUCGCACUGACAUGAAGAAAAUGAUGCUCACCCCGACAGCUGUCACAUACAAUGCUCUGAUUUCUGCUUUUACUCGUUGUGGUGCCGAAAAAACCGCUGUCGAUGUCUUCAAUGAAAUGGAAAGACAUCCCAAGUUCAAGCCAUCCCCUGCAACUUACAACAACAUGAUUCAGUUCUACAUUCGUCACGAAUCUAACCGAGAGAAGGCACUGGAAUUCUUUGAGCGCAGCCGUACUUCCAACUCCAAGCCUACUGCUUACACUUACCGCUUGUUAAUGGAGGCUUAUGCCAACGUUGUGCCCUACGAUAUGCCUACUGCCCACAAGAUGCUGACUGACAUGAAGAAGGAGAAUCUCCAACCUGAGCCAAGACAUUAUGCUACUCUCAUUCACUCCUAUGGUAUCUUGCAGCGUGAUGUUCAAUCCGCUGAAAGAGUCUUUGAACAGCUUCAAAAGGACCAUAUCCAGCCGGAUGAAUCCGUAUACCGCGCUUUGCACGAUACCUAUGUCGCUAACAACGAAAUGGACAAGGCUGAAAAGACCAAGCACCACUUGAAUGGUGACAAGCAUGGCCAGCAGUCUUCUGCAAAGCAAUUCUAG